GAAUCAAAUCUGCCCAUUUUAAUGCCUGUCAGUGGGGUACAAGGAGCUGCUGUCCUGGUUAGUUAUCAAUGGUUGUGUUUUAAGGUGAAGCCUUUGCGACGCCUAGUGACAUGCUGCCCAUGUUGCCGGAAUUGCAGGUCUGUGUGGAAGGGCAACUGCUGCAGCCUGAUAGUAUUAUCAGAUUACUAAUGACUACUGCAGCACAGGUUACGGACACAUUUAAUGCCAUGCUGAAUUCUUGUUGGAAAUGUGUAAAGCAGCAAGCUGAUCGAUGGACCCUGUCUGGUGACUGGUGCUGGACCUGUUGUCUUUUCAGGUGUACACAGUGGCAAAGUCAACUUCUACUUGUUUUCUGUCUCAUUGUCUCUUCAUGGGCCUACAAAGCACAAACUCCUGAAUCAACUGUGUACUAUAAAAUUGGGCAUGGAAGGGUCCUUCUGGAGAUGCCUGCUAAAUUAUUAGCCGAUAAAGCACAAUUUGGUAAACGCACCUUAAUGAAGACUGGAGUAAAUGGGGAACCCUGUUCUUUAUGGACAUUUAUGAGCAAUAAAUACAAAUUUUCUAAAAAAUCUGUCAAUAACUACUUUUCAGCAAGGGAAUCAUUUCCCUUAGCAAAUCCCAUUCAGUACAGUGGAAAGAGACGUUUCAUGAGACAGUUAGACAGUGUGCAUUCCUUUUCUGCUAUGGAUUUACAGACUCCUUAUGCUUCCCAAAAGGAUUCAAAAUCUGCUAUAAAUGCUAUGGUAGACCAGAUUAUAGGUCGAAAGGAAAGUUUAGUCCCUCUUAAGACUAACAUCGGUGGUCACAAAAUAGUUGCCAGUGAUACUGACCUUGUGCUUGGGGCAUCAGAAUGGCAGUUGGAGUCUUUGGAAAACUUCAAGUGGUUACAGAAGGAACCCUAUAAUAAUAAUAGAGAGGCACUCAUGAGAAAUGUCCAUUCAGCUGCUGAGGAGAUACUGUUUUCACCAGGAAAUCAGCCUUUGACUUUAGAACAUGAAAUAACGGAUACUACUACUUUAUCUAGUUUGAGUACGCAAAGUAUUUCGCACAGUGAAAAGGCAAGGGUGAAUGAAGCAGUGACUGAGAAAGAUGCAGAGACUGUAUCUCAACACUCAAGCCAACUUUAUGGAAUGGGUCAUUCAAGGUUACCCACUACAGCAGAUGUUACUGUGUCUUCAACACCAAAAAACCUUUUGCUAGCAGCUACUGGACAUAUGAACAACGGUACAGGGAUGCCACUGUAUAAGAAACAGGCUUCAGAAUCUGCUACUACAGCUAAGUAUUUGAUAGAUGUAGAUAAUGUGACCUUGGCAGCAGGCAAUAACAUACCGGACGUUUUCUUUGACAUGCCAGACAAUGUGUUUCCUACCCCAUCAACCAAAUCUUCAACUACUGCUCACCUAGCUGGAGUUUUAGCAAGCACGAUUAGUCUUGGGAAAACCUAUAGGACAGGACCUCAAUCUGACUUAAUGCAUUUCAACCAACAAACUUUGAAGGCUGCUAAUAAGAGCACUUUACCACCAUUUGUAGCCACUUCCUCUAAUAAGUUUUUUGGCAAGAAGCAUGUUACUACCUCUUCUUUACCUUAUCUGGGAGCAAGUUAUGAUUCAAAGUUUGCUCUCAAAGGUAAGGAUGUUUCAAGAUUAGGAACACCACCUACUUCUUCCGCCACAGUUUCUUCCUCAUCAACUAUUUCAUACUCUGGUUUAAUAACCAAGCAGCCUGUCUUGUUAAAUAUGAAUAUGUCUCACAGCUCUUUCUAUAAACCAGAAAGGCAAACCUCUGUUACAAAACGGGUUAAGUCAAGUACUUCAUUUGCAAAGAACGUUUUUACAUCUGCUCCAUAUGUUUAUAAAACUGAGAAGCAUUCAGAUCUGACCACAGGUUCUGUAACUCCUGAUCAUACAUCUUAUCAUGGUAUCAGCAGCAAGGGUUUGGAUAGCACAUCUAAGAAGUCUCUGGCCUGGUCCAAACUUCAAAAAUCCUCCGUAAAGAGCACAUCCGAUGUAAGGACUUCUCCUACCUUCAGUUUUUCUAGUCAUAUCAGUGACUCCCACAGACCUGCUUUAAACCCUUCCCCAUGGCCCCAUGUAAGGCAAACGAACAAUGGGAAAUUUGCAACUUCUACUUCAUCUAAGCUGUACAGUGCAGUAACUAGGGAAUCCAAGCAACUUUACACACAUAUGUCUUCUACAUCUGAUAAGGUAACUCUGUUGUAUAAGACCAUUUCAGUGUCCAGUACCCAAAUAGCUGACCAAACAAUUGUCCAUCAUAAGAAGCCUGGGAGGCUCAUGGGCCAUAGUACUUCUUCAUACUCCUCAUACUCUGUGAGCCACAAAGUCAGCCCAGUUUCACAUACUGCUGUCUCUUUCAUUGACAAUACAUUUAAGCCUGUUAAAGAUUCUAACAAUUUUACAAACAUUAUGACAAGGAUCAACAGUACAGCUCCUACUAUGUCUCUUGGUGGUGGAACGGUGACUCAAGGCAUGUCUUUGAUAGCUACAAAGAGUGAAUCAUUCCAUCUGAUUAGUCCACUUGCAACCUCAGAAAGUUCUACAACCUCCAUGAUGUUUCCCAUCUCUCAGGGCAGCACAACUACUGAAAAACCUACAAAUUUAAAGUGGAAAUCACACACAUUACACUUCACUCAGGACAGUGCAACAACAGAAACCUCUGCACGUGUACUCUGGAGAGCUCAGACACCAGGCAAAUCCUCACCAGAACCCAAUUCUACAUAUUUAGAUACAGGUUUGUUCUUUGAUUUUGCACCUGAAAAUGAAGUUACUGUUACAACACCUGCUGAGGGACAGUCUGUAAAUUCUGCACAGAGCACACAGUUUGGGACUGUACACAUAGGGUUCCGUGAUGUUAAACAUCACAGGAAAUCAACCACUCCCCCUUUUGCUGUCAGCAAGUCCUCAACUACUAGCGAAAAGUAUACUGCCAUACUAUCUACAUCUAUUCCGCUCAUGGAAAAAAGCACUUCUGGUUUCAAAGCAAGCUUAACAGUGCAAAGAAGCCCUACCAUCUGCCCAUUUCUGUCUCGUAUUACUACCACCCUUCCCUCUGAAAAGAGACCUCUGCAAAUGCAGGAAACCACACGCCACACAACUACUUUUCAUACAGCAACUAGCACGAAAACUUCAAAGCCUGCUAUUAAAAAUGAAACUUUGCAUCCCACUAGGCUUUCACGCUCAACCAAUCCUGGGACCAGUCUCACUAUUGCAAAGAGAGUGGAGCCAGUAUCUGGAUUGAGGACUACUUUUUCUCCCACAACUACCCCUUCUUUAGUUGCACGGUCACUAAACUUCCGACUGACUGACAUUUUAUACACUAAGCAGCUACAGAAUAUGACCAGUAAUGAAUAUAAAAGACUGAAAAGAGAAGUAAAGCUGGUGAUGGACAAAAUAUUCUCCUCAGCAUUCCCAAAUCAAUAUAUUGAAUGCCUUAUUGGGAGGUUUCUGAAUGGAUCUGUCCUGGUUGAAGCUUAUGUUUUGUUUGAUUACAAGUCUCCUGCCCCCAGUAGCUCUGAUGUCAUACGAGCAGUUGCCACAGACAUUUCAGAGGGACCAAACAAUUAUUUUGGAUGGAAUAUUGAGCUCCGCUCUGUGGAAUCACAUGGGUACACAAUUAACAACUUGGAGCCAGAGAGUUUCCCAAUGUCUUUUCUGGUUCUACAUCUUGGAUAUGUUGCCAUGUCCCAGACAUCUGGAAACAGCAAGCGUUUCCUAGAGAACCUAAAACAGGAGGUUAUCAAGGCUGUUGCUGCAUCUUUACCUGUUGGUAAUUUUUCAAUUGUUUCCAUUCGGGACUUGCGUGGUGACCUUGGCGUUAGAGGAAACCUGUACUUAAACAGCCAAACCAACACUGAUGUGCAAACUUUGCUGCAAACAUUUGUGGCCUUAGGAAAUAAAUCUGUGGAUCUCAGCUCCAUAACUGUAGAUGGUUAUCAUAUGGUACUUCGAGUUUUCCCUAUACGUUUCCAGAUCACAAACAGGCAGUUUGUGGUCAACAUGUUAGACUUGUCCUCUUCUGAAUUCCAGGAUCUCAGCCAAGAGCUCUCUGCUGUGGUCUUGUCUGCCCUGAGUAACACUAAUCCACUUCAAGUGAUCUUCCGUGAAAUAAUGAGAGGCUCUCUCCUGUUGAAAGGUGAUGUGGUUUACCAGCUGCCAGCUCCUGGAAGUGGGGAAGUUCUUCGUGCAUUUAUCUCAUCUCUCAGUUCUGAUGGGAUUUUGGGGUCCUCUUCCUUCAAGGUGAACCCUAAUUCUGUGCAAAUUGGAGAUUCCAGCCCUGACCCUCACUUUGAAUAUCCAAGUUUUCCAGGUUUUGGAGUAGCUAUAAUAGUCAUGUGUGGCCUCAGCAUCUUAAUAUUUCCCACCUUGGCUAUUGUGUGUUAUAAGACCAGAAUGCUUGGGCACAGAAAAAAGGCCACCAUUCAAAGGCACCCAGAUCUUGAUAGACAGAGUCGACAUUUUGAAAUUGAUAAUAGAGCAUUUCGAGCCUCCAUAGAACAGCCUUAAGUUGAACCAACUGAAGGUACCUGACCAAAUCAUGGAGUCGGACUCCAGGGACUCUUUGGAGCACAUUGAAGCAGACUGGAGAGCUUUGCUCUGUUAUGCACAUGUUGCUUACAUGUUUUGGAUGUAGAUUCUAUCACAUCGUGCCAUAUGGAAUGGAUGAUUAGCUGCUUGCCAGAGCAGCAGUAAGCGAAACCUGUGAUUUCCGUUGUAGCUGAAAAAAGUUCUGGUUGAUGGAUCCAACUUAUUUCUGUUGCUGGGCCUCAGAAGAAUAAAACUGAUAAAUCUUCACUAGAAACCCUCUUGUGUCAUAAAUUCUAAUCCGAUCUGAAUCCAAUCACAGGAGUACUGUUUUGUCACAGAUAGGCCCACAGGAAGUAAAACAAGACAUCUUUCACAUUCUACGCAUUGGCUCCAUUUUAGCCUUGUUGGUGAAGAAACUUUUAAAAUGUAAUAUAGAAACCUUCUAACUUAUGACUAAAUUCAUUUUUAUAUAAAUAUGCUUCACUUCACAGUCUUAUUAUUGCUAAACAGUGUUGCAUCUAAAUAUGCAGGGUUUGGAGAUUCUGAAUAGGUUUGCCAAACUGUUAAGCUAAUAUCUGUAACAUGGAGAUCUUUAACACUACACAAAGUGGGGAUUACAGUGUUGAUAUCACAAUUUGGGGCUCUCGAACAUGGAAUGCUGGCUAUAAGUUCUUUUAGAGCAGGAACUUUAUUGUGGAGGUUCUGAAAAAACAAAUUUCAAACUUAUAACACUGCUUAAUAUGGUCAUUAUAAUGUGCCCUUUAUAUGUUUCUAGAUAACGCUAGCAUGCACGCUACAUAAUACAGACAAGUUCUUUCAAAUAAAAAUAAAAAAAAAAAUCUGUGGUAAUAGCUCUGUAAAAAUGUGCACAUUUGUCAAAUAAGGUACUUUUUGUAAAUCUAGAUCUGUUGUGUGUCAAUUAAUUGGAUUAUAUUUAAUGUCUGUCCUGCACAUGGUUCUUAUGGAUUCAAAACUACAUUUUUGUAUGUUCACAGUAGAUUUUGCUCAUUUUUCAAAGGCUGAUGUGAGUAAAAAAACAAAUAAAUUUAAUAUA